AUGCUACCUGAUGAUGAAUCAUCAAGUAAGACGCGUCGCAUUUCUCGAGCUUGUCUCCAGUGCCGAGCAAGAAAGCAGCGCUGUGCGACUGCAUCCGAACCGCUAAAUGUCCAGGCGCCCUGCCAACGGUGUCAGAAAUAUGAAAUCACCUGUUCAUUUCAAACGGAUACUGCACUUGGGCCUACGCAAAAUCCAGGGCCCUCACGCGUUGCACAGUUGGUUGUUGAGCUUCAUCAAAAAAUCACACAACAUGAGACUAGGAUUUCUGAACUAGAGAAAAGCUCUUCCCCGAAGACUAAAUUAGUAUCACGAGGCAUCUUAUCACUCAAUGAUGCUGGAAAAGCCGUUGAAAUAUACUUCACGCAUUGCCAUCCAAUGGCUCCCGUCCUUAACGAAAGUCUUCUUAAUACUUGGCCAAAUUUACGGACCUCGAAUCCGAUUCUUUUCCUCGCCAUCUGCUCCGUUGGAUUACGUUUUUGGGAGACGGGCCAGACUCAAUCCAACAUGGUACCUAGUACAUACCCUCGUUUCUCGGAACUUACAGCAUUGUUAGACCAAAUUGUUUCGAAGCUUCUUCUCCGACCAACGCCAUCAGAUGUUUCUUUGGAUUCUAUUCUUGUGCUUCUGUUGUAUGCUCAAUGGAUGCCUUGUAACUCGGGCAACGAAAGCUAUCAGUCUACAACCCGUGCGGAGGCAACAGGGGCGCCAAAUAGUCGCUAUAAUGAAGUGAGCGCAUGGGCUAUAUUUGGUCUCGCCCUUCGCUACGCUUUACUACUAGGCCUAGAUCGAGCGGCUAUUGCACCUUUCCAUGGUCCGAUAGAUUCAAUAACAGAAAAUGAUGUCUCUCGCCUACGGGUGUGGUAUAACUUACUCAACUGUGACUUUAACCUCAUGCUCAUAUCUGGACUUCCAGCAUCUGUCGAUCCAGCACCGUCAGCCCAAGUGGCAGAACGCUUUGCUUCCAGCAUUUACAGCAAGCAUCCAGGGGAUAUCAGGGUUUCAGGUCUUGUAGAGCUUGUGUCGAUAGUUCACCGUGCCAUGCAAAGCUGUGUUGACAUGUCGGGACAUCAAUUGAGCCCAUCUUGUCUGAGAAAACUGAACAUCGACUUGGAAAAAUGGGAACAAACCUGGUAUAUGCGACUACGGAAUACGGAAUCGCAGCACAAUCAGCUUCCAUUCAAUUCAGUUCGAUCGUACCGUCUAGCUCUGAAUAGUGCCUCACUAGGCCCAUUACUAUCGCCAGCGGCACAAAAGUCUCAGCCAACGUCACGAGCAUCUCAACUACAGUCCCUUGAUAUUAGUCUCAGCGCAGCAGCACAGAUGCUAAUUUCACUGUGCAGCGACGGUGAGACCUAUGUCUGGGACUUAGAAUCCCAAAACGCACCCAGCUUUCCCAGUCGUCCAUUCCAUGUUGAUGUUGCUGCAGUUCGGCGUUUAUACUAUGCCGUUGACCCUACUUGGAUUUCUUAUGCAUUUGCUGUGACUUUUUUGACACUGUGUUACAUACGAGGGGUCAUAGAUGAGGACCUACAAAUACACCACGCCAACAUCGCGUCCCCGGAAAACACGACUCUUCUCCCAGCAAGCUCGGGGUCUAUUAUUGCCAGCCUUCUAAGACUUGCUACUGAUGUAUUCGAUAGUGUGUGUUCAACAGUGAGUUACCAUCCGGCGUACGAAUUUCGAGCAGUCGUUCACGGAGCAAUGGCGCUUUUACUGGCGCCUGGUAGUUCUGGUGAUCAUGGAACGCAGGAGAUUGACGAAAUAGCUCUUCAGUCUCUUCUGGAUUUAAUAAAUGAUGCUGGUUUAGAAUGGCCAGGGAAUAUGGCAGAUGUUACAAAUGACUUAAAUGGUGGUUGGGAAGCCUGUGGACUUUUCGGCAUGUAA